AUGCCUCUGCGCGCCAAGGUGACAAACCCAGCCUUUAGGACGACGGCUCCUAUGUCGACUUCCGCAACUCUUCCCACAGAGCUCCCCGGAGACGAGCCCGACGAUGUUUUGUUCAACUCCCUCUACGGCGUGCGCUUGAUUGAGCUCAAUCGGCCUCAAAAACUCAAUUCCCUGAACGGUUCGAUGGCACGGAAGAUCCUUCCUCGACUGAAGGAAUGGGAAAAAUCUCAACUGGCGAACGUGAUCAUGGUCACCGGCGCAGGACCCAAGGCUCUCUGCGCUGGCGGAGACGUCGCUGCUCUGGCUUUGCAGAAUGAACAGGGUGCCGAGGGUCAGCAGCAAUCGACCGAUUUCUUCGGCCUCGAAUACAGCCUCGACCACACCAUCGCGACGUACACGAAGCCCUUCAUCUCCAUCAUGGAUGGCAUCACCAUGGGCGGCGGUGUCGGGCUCAGCGUCCACGCCCCCUUCCGCAUUGCCACGGAAAACACCCUCUUCGCCAUGCCCGAGACCACCAUCGGCUUCUUCCCCGACGUUGGUGGCUCGUUCUUCCUGCCCCGUCUUGACGGCGAGACCGGAACCUACCUCGCCUUGACCUCGGAGCGCCUGAAGGGUGUCCAGGCCCUGUACGCCGGUGUGGCCACGCACUACCUCCACUCCAGCGUGCUGAGCAACUUGACCGGCCGUCUCUCCGAGCUGGUGUUCCGGGACUCCGCCACGCUUCCGGAGCGCCUGGACCUGAUCAACAAGACUAUGGCCGAAUACUCCAUCGGCCUGCCACCGCAGCGCGAGGAGCCGAUGCUGCUGGCCGGUAGCCUGCGGGAGGCCAUCGACCGCUGCUUCGCGUUCAACACGGUGGAGGAGAUCUUCCAGGCCCUGGAGCGGGAGACUCAGCGGGAGAACGGACAGAAGAAGUGGGCCGAGAAGACGCUGCAGACGCUGUCUGUGCGCUCGCCCACCUCGCUGAAGGUGACGCUGCGCCAGAUGCGCGUGGGUAAGAAGUGGUCCAUCUCCGAGACCUUCCAGCGGGAGCACCACAUCUCCGGCAAGUUCAUGAGACACCCUGAUUUCGUCGAGGGCGUGAAGGCCCGUCUCAUGUCCAAGCCUCCCCGUCAGGCUUCCUGGCAACCGGCCACCCUCGCUGAGGUUAAGAAGGAGGAUGUCGACGCUUUCUUCGAGAUCCCCGAGGGCGAGACCCGGCUGCCGCUCUUCAGCGAGAUCGACUACCACCAGUACCCGCACGCGCAGUACGGAUUGCCUACGCAGAAGGACAUCGAGGAGUUCGUGUUGAGCGCUAACCGUGGCCGCGGCGAGGUCGUCAACAAGUUCCUGACCCAGUGGGGCAACAAGGAGGGUGUGCGCGAGAAGGUGUCGGAGGUGCUGGCUCGAUGCACUACCACCCGUGGCGACGGCACUCUGGAGUGGAAGCAAUAG